AAAGAUAUUAGAAAAAAUUGCAUAAAUAUAAUAUAUUUAAACAAAUAGUGCGCAUCAUAACUGUACUAAAAUAAUAAUGUACCGUGUUUUUACAGAACUUAAAUAGUCAAACCAAAUAAAAGUAUUAGCAUUUCAUCAUUUUGUAUAUCUUUUAUUGAUAGUUUAUCUUAAAAAGUAAUUUAAUAUAAUAUGUGUUAACAAGUAAUUAAUAUUAAUCUGGCAUAAAUAAAUCUAAUUUUACUGGUUAUGAGAGUUUAUUAUUCAACAAUAAAAGUUUUUUUAUAUGAUAAAUUACUACAUUUGUUAAAGAUGGCUUACAUUGAACCAGAUAAACCACAAAAUAUUUGCUUUUUACAAUGGAAUAUUGCUAAAGAGGUGAUUGAUGAUAAUAUUACUCUCGAUUAUGAAAGUGACUCUGAUUCAAAAGACAAUGUGAGAUCCGAUAGUCGUCUAGCCUUUGUAGACAAAAUAUUUCCACCCAGAGAGUGGAUGGUAAAAAAUGAACUUGGCGAGAAAAAAUGGAGGCAGACUAUAUCAAAAAAAUUGCCAACUAGAGUUGACAUAGCUAAUACAAAUACAAUGAUUAAAGUGUACGAAGAAUUCUACGGUGUUCGAAAAAAAGGAAUAUGCGAUUUAAGAAGCGCCUUGUAUGUUUCCUAUUUUGAUGAAGCUUUGAGACAUAUUGCUUUAAUCGAUGAAACGUUGGGAGAACUUUUGUAUAUUAUCCGAGAAGACCUCAGAAAUACUGUAAUCACUUACCAAAUAUUGCAUGAUAAAACUUUGUCUUACAAGGGAAUGUACAUAGAACAAUCGUUGUAUGAGCAAGAAAUGGUACAAGAGAUUGAAAGAUUGACUAAAGUUAAUGACGAAUAUGAGUUAAAAAUUGAAAAAAUGAAAGCAGAACUAAAAAAAUUUCGCGAGAAUACUCAAGUGCGUAAUGCUCAUACUUUGGAAAAGCAUCAAGUAUCUGUAAAAGCGUUAACACGAUCUGUAAAUCAAUUGACAGACCAGUUGAACACUUUGAUGCCUUUACUUAAAGUCGGAGAAAAACCGGAUACGACCAAUUCCUAAUAUGAAAACUUAAGUCAACAAACGCCAGUCGUUCAUUUAGUUCAAUAAGAAGUUUAACACAAUACAAUUAUGGCGAUUUUCAUAGGUUUUCCUAUUUGAUAUAUAGAUUUUGCUAUGUCCUUUAAACGACAAUGAUGUGCACUUUUUUUAUUUUUUUUUCGUAAAAGAGAUAAUUUAACAGGGAGAGAAAAUAAAACAAAAACUAAAAAAUGUAUAAAGCAUCAGCAAUGCUUUACAAUGAUCAUACUUUUGUUUAACUCCGAUCUAUUUGUGUUUUAUAAAUCAAACAGUGAAUCUAGUUUCCUCAUUUUACAUUUUACAAGAAUGAAAAAUUUAACUGCUUAAACAUUGUUUAAAAUAAUAUUAAAUAUAAUAUAGUUGUAAAUAUAAUGAAUUAUUUAAUUGUGAUAAGUUAUCCAGU